AUGGGGCAGGCUCCCCUCCGGGCCCCUUCGGGGCCUCAGGGCCCCCUUCUGCAGACGGGCCCCGAGGCUGCCCCCGAGGGAGAGCUGGUGGCUGCGCUGCGGGCGCCUGGCAGGGCAGAGCCUGUGGUGCUAAAGAAGUAUGGGUGUAAGCGAUGGGUCAGUGCAGGUAGAAGCUUGAAGAACCUCUUGGGAAUGUUCCAGAGGCUGCUGCCCAACCGCCUGAGUCCUGGCAAAGCCCCAGCCGGUCCGCAAUUGCUGCCGCCGCCUCCAACCAAGCGCUACCUCGGCGGAGGGGAGGGCGCCCGCGGCCCGAGCGCGCGGCCCAGCGUCGCGGCGGCGGCUCGUCGGACCCCGGACUCGCCGCGGCGCGAAGCAGCCGGCUCCGGGCCGCGAGAGCCCUGCUCGGCGCCCCGCGCUCGUGCCUGCCGCUCCCGCCUCGGGCCGGCCGCGGCGCCGGGAGCCGGAGCGAUGCUGCGCCGCCCUGCGCCCGCGCUGGCCCCGGCCGCCUGGCUGCUGCUGGCCGGGCUGCUGAGCGGCGGCGGGGUCUGGGCCUCGCGAGUUAACAAGCACAAACCAUGGCUCGAGCCCACCUAUCAUGGCAUAAUCACAGAAAACGAUAAUGCAGUGCUUCUUGACCCUCCUCUGAUUGCCCUGGAUAAAGACGCACCUCUGCGAUUCGCAGGUGAGAUCUGUGGAUUUAAAAUUCACGGGCAGAAUGUCCCCUUUGAUGCAGUGGUAGUGGAUAAGUCCACUGGCGAGGGAAUCAUUCGCUCAAAAGAGAAACUGGACUGUGAGCUGCAGAAAGACUACACAUUCACCAUCCAGGCCUAUGACUGCGGCAAGGGGCCGGACGGCACCAACGUAAAAAAGUCUCAUAAGGCAACUGUCCAUAUUCAGGUGAACGAUGUGAACGAAUACGCACCGGUGUUCAAGGAGAAGUCCUACAAGGCAACCGUCAUCGAGGGCAAACAGUAUGACAGCAUCUUGCGGGUGGAGGCUGUGGACGCAGAUUGCUCCCCUCAGUUCAGCCAGAUUUGCAGCUAUGAAAUCGUCACUCCAGAUGUGCCGUUCGCCAUCGACAAAGAUGGUUAUAUAAAAAACACAGAGAAGCUGAACUACGGGAAGGAGCACCAGUACAAGCUGACAGUCACCGCCUAUGACUGCGGGAAGCGGAGAGCAGCAGAAGAUGUCUUGGUGAAGGUCAGCAUCAAGCCCACCUGCACCCCGGGGUGGCAAGGAUGGAACAAUAGGAUCGAGUAUGAGCCUGGCACGGGCACCUUGGCCCUCUUCCCCAGUGUGCACCUGGAGACAUGUGAUGAAUCCGUGGCCUCGGUGCAGGCGACGGUGGAGCUAGAGACUGGCCACAUCGGGAAAGGCUGUGACCGGGACACCUAUUCUGAGAAGUCCCUUCACCAACUGUGUGGUGCUGCGUCUGGCACUGCUGAGCUGCUCCCUUUCCCGAGCGGGUCCUCGAACUGGACUGUGGGCCUCCCCACUGACAAUGGCCACGACAGUGACCAGGUCUUCGAGUUCAAUGGCACACAAGCAGUGAGGAUCCCAGAUGGCGUUGUCUCGGUCAACCCGAAAGAGCCUUUUACCAUUUCUGUGUGGAUGAGGCACGGCCCUUUUGGCAGGAAGAAGGAGACGAUUCUCUGUAGUUCAGACAAAACAGACAUGAACCGACACCAUUAUUCACUCUAUGUCCACGGCUGCCGGCUUAUUUUCCUCCUCCGCCAGGAUCCUUUGGAAGAGAAGAAAUACAAACCUGCAGAAUUCCACUGGAAGUUGAAUCAGGUCUGUGAUGAGGAGUGGCAUCACUACGUCCUCAAUGUGGAAUUCCCAAGCGUGACUCUCUAUGUGGACGGAGUUUCUCAUGAGCCCUUCUCUGUGACCGAAGAUUACCCGCUUCAUCCAUCCAAGGUCAAAACUCAGCUCGUGGUUGGGGCCUGCUGGCAAGAGUAUCCAGCAUUUGAAAAUGACAAUGAAACCGAGUCUGUGCCUGUGGCCUCUACAGGUGGUGAGCUGCACAUGACCCAGUUUUUCCGAGGUAACCUGGCCGGCCUGACCGUCCGUUCCGGGAAACUCACUGACAAGAAGGUGAUCGACUGUCUUUAUACCUGCAAAGAAGGGCUGGACCUGCAGGUCCCCGAAGACAGCAGCAGAGGCGUGGAGAUCCAUACGAACCCCAGUCAGUUGGCAUUGACCUUGGAGGGAGAUGACAUUGGGGAGCUGGAUAAGGCCAUGCAGCACGUUGCCUACCUGAACUCCCGGCAGUUCCCCACACCGGGAAUCCGAAGACUCAAAAUCACCAGCACGGUCAAGUGUUUCAACGAGGCCUCCUGCAUCUCCGUGCCCCCGGUGGACGGCUACGUGAUGGUGCUGCAGCCCGAGGAGCCCAAGAUCAGCCUCAGUGGCGUCCACCAUUUCGCUCGAGCAGCUUCUGAAUUUGAAAGCCCAGAAGGGGUUUUCCUUUUCCCUGAGCUUCGGAUCAUCAGCACCAUCACGAGAGAAGUGGAGCCUGAAGGGGAAGGAGAUGAGGAUCCCACAGUCCAAGAGUCGCUGGUGUCUGAGGAGAUCGUGCAUGACCUGGAUACCUGUGAGGUCACAGUGGACGGGGACGAGCUGAACCCGGCCCAGGAGAGCCUGGAGGUGGACACGGCCCGCCUGCAGCAGAAGGGCAUUGCAGUGAGCGCCUCCGACCUGGGCAUGGUCUUCACGGGUGUGGACACCAUGGCCAGCUACGAGGAGGCCCUGCGCCUCCUGCGCUAUCGGAACUGGCACACCAGGUCUCUGCUCGACCGGAAGUUCAAGCUCGUCUGCUCGGAGCUGAAUGGCCGCUACGUCAGCAACGAGUUUCAGGUGGAGGUGAACGUCAUCCACACGGCCAGCCCCAUGGAGCACGCCAGCCACAUGGCCGCGCAGCCCCAGUUCGUCUACCCGGAGCACCAUGCCUUCGUCGACCUCUCGGGUCACAACCUGGCCAGCCCCCAUCCCUUUGCAGUUGUCCCCAGCACUGCCACGGUGGUGAUAGUGGUGUGUGUUAGCUUCCUGGUCUUCAUGAUUAUCCUGGGCGUGUUCCGGAUCCGGGUCGCUCACCAGCGAACCAUGCGGGACCAGGACGCCGGGAAGGAGAACGAGAUGGAUUGGGACGACUCUGCCUUGACCAUCACCGUAAACCCCAUGGAGACGUACGCGGACCAGCACGGCGCCGAGGACGGGGAGGAGGAGGAGGAGGAGGAGGAGGAGGAGGAGGAGAGCGAGGAGGGGGAGGACGACGACGACAUCACCAGCGCCGAGUCGGAGAGCAGCGAGGACGAGGAGGGCGGGCACGGAGACCAGCGGAACGUGAGCAGGCAGCAGCAGCUGGAGUGGGACGACUCCACCCUCAGCUACUGAGCCGCCGCCGCCGCCCCCGCCGCCGCCCUUUCCGCUUCGGGAGACUCCGCCGUCCU